AUGCCCAUGAUGGAUGGUUCUAAUAUCAACAUGUCGCUGCAUAUAUGUGUUGUUGGAGCAGACACUCUUCUUGGCAUGGCCAUUGUCACCGACCUUUUGCAUGGGUCGCACAGAUCUACAUUCAAGUCUGUUACUGCAUUGGUGUCUAGACAAGAGAGUAUCGAUGAUUUGACUUGCAUUGCUUCAUCUCCCAAACCUACGGAUUCCUCUGUCUCCCAUUCAACUGACUCAUUCCAACUAAAGCUUCAGGUGUUGCUUCUCUCCGAUAUCAUCAAAUUUCCAUCCAACCAUCUUGCACUUUUUCAAAGCAUUGAUGGCGUGUGUAUCAUUCCUCCUGUUAUUCCCGACUUGAUUCAGGUCUGCUCCCCCAUCAUUCAUCUGUGCCAAAUGGCUCGAGUCAACAAUGUGGUCCUUCUUACCCCACAUCAUCCAGAAUCUGUGUGUGCAACAUUCUCACCACGAUUGUAUGAAUACAGAAAGAUUGAACAUGCAUUAAAGGAAAGCGAUAUUGCUGGGCAUUGUAUCCUACGAUAUACAUUUUUACAACAGUAUCUACUGUGUUGGAUCAACAAAAUAGGACAAGAUGGUAUACUUGCCUUGCCCAUCACGGAUGGAAUGUUUGCUCCAAUUCAUAUCACAGAUGUUGUUGCAAGCGUGGUUGCCAUUUACGUUGACCGAGCCUCUCACAGACCAACAAUGUGUCCAUUGCAUCGGGCUUCAGUAUACACUCUCACAGGACCAGCAUUGCUAACAGGCACAGAUCUGGCUCAGAAAUUCACAGAAUUCAUCUCCACAUCUCAACCUGAUCCUACACCCACUACGGAUUCAAAUCACACCCCUUCAUUGCCAUCAGUCGUGUCAUUUACUAGCAAUUCUCACAACGAAACAAAACGAUUUCUAAUGGAAAAGCAAAAUGCUAUCCACAACUUGGCUGUCGACUUUGAUGCAGUUAUUGAAACACUCGACGCCAUUCGACACGAUGCAGAUGACAUGAAGAUCCUGCUUAAUAAAAUGUUGAAGCAGAUCAAAAACAAUACCAAAUCAAUCCAUAUGGACCAUGACGAAACCCAAGAAAUCUACCUAAAAGAGCAGGGUUUAGUUGGCAACGGUGUCUCAUCAGCUGUUAAAAUACUUGCUGGAAGAGAUCCACUGGAAAUCAAAGAGUUUAUCCAAGAAUGUCUAGCCAGUGGUUGUGUUGCAUUUAAAUCUUAA